AAAGUCAAGUUUGGUUUGUAUACGUCUCAGUCAGGUGCACGUGAUAUGGUCUUGUGCGCUUACGUUGUAAACGAUUCAUUUAAAGACUUUAUAUCCUAUAAACAAUUUAUAGUGUCGUUUCACUUGGCUCCAAGACUAAUUAUAGACAAAUAAAAGCGAUAAAGAGACAAGUGAAACAUGCCCAUGGACUCGGAAUGUUUGUUUUGCGCUUCCCUUACAUGUUCAGCAAUUUUAAAAUAAACAACAAAUAAAUAUUUUUCUGCUUGUUAAGUAGCAUGUUGUAAUAAAGCGUGGUAAUAAAUAGCACUGGAUAAUGUGUUUAUGUUAACAUUUUUUUAUGAUAUUUGAUGCGUUAUUGUUAGUUCUAAUUUUGUAAUUUUAUAUUUUUAUUUAUUAUUUAAAUAUCACGGUUUAAACACUUGUGGUUAACUCCUAAAACAGCACAAGAUAACUUUAAAAUAACCUAAUCUGCUGUGGCAUGUUUCAAAAAGAUUUGUCCAUUGUGUGUAUGAGUAAGAGAGAGAGAGGGGGGAGAAGGAGGGAGGGAGUGAGAGAGAGAGAGAGAAAGAGAGAGAGAGAGACUUCGCGCACAAUGGCGGAAAAUUGAAGGUAUAUUUGCGAAAGCCCUGGUUCCUUAUCCGGGGACUCCAUCGUCCUAUGCCAUUGGGCCAUUAUAUCACGUGGUAAAAGUAACUUUACAGGGUUGCUCGCUAGUAGGAGGGCUUUAUGGAGCAGAAAAACGACAAAGCUAGAAAAAUUAUUUUCCACUCCAGAAAUUAAUGAUCAUGAGCUCGUAUUUGAUGGACUCUAACUACAUCGAUCCGAAAUUUCCUCCUUGCGAGGAAUAUUCGCAAAAUAGCUACAUUCCCGAACAUAGCCCUGAAUAUUACAGCCGUGCAAGGGACAGUGGCUACCAGCAUCACCACCAGGAGUUAUACCCUCCGCGGGCGAGCUACCAGGAGCGUCAGUAUAACUGUGCAAGCAUCCCUGAACCAGAUACUCAAAGGGGACAUGGACUUCCUCACGCGGGGCACCUGCUCGGAAAAGGGCAAUCUGCCUCAUGUGAGCCCCCACCGUUACCCCUGUCUCCUGCCACCCCUCCGGCUGCAUCCUCCGCCUGCAAUCAAGCCACCCCGGAGCAUCCCAACAGCUCAGCUUCUGCCAAACAACCAGUAGUGUACCCAUGGAUGAAGAAAAUUCACGUCAGCACCGUGAACUCUAGUUACAAUGGAGCGGAACCCAAGCGGUCUAGAACUGCUUACACUCGCCAGCAAGUCUUAGAAUUGGAGAAGGAAUUCCACUAUAAUCGGUACUUAACAAGGCGAAGACGUAUCGAGAUUGCUCAUUCCUUGGUCCUCUCGGAGAGGCAAAUCAAAAUUUGGUUUCAAAACCGGAGGAUGAAGUGGAAAAAAGACCAUAGGCUGCCAAACACCAAAGUCAGAUCCUCGUCCUCAUCGGGCAUUUCCUCCGGGUCCAACACAAGCUCAACGGCGGGCGUUGUGGCGGCAGCUUCCACCAACAGCAUGUCAGCAUCUGAGGAUCUCUCCGGAACCGAGCGUGGCGAGGAUAUUACAAGGUUAUAAGAGAACUAUUUGAAGGAGAGAAAUGAAGAUCGAAAUGACUGACUAUUUAUAAAAUAUAAUAUAUUUUGUUUUCGUAGGUAUCUUGUGCGUAAAGGGGAUUCCUUUAAGUCCACAGUUAUAUAAAAUGCAUGUUAUAUAGCAUGGAUCACUGAGAAUACCUAUGGAUCAUUUUUUUACGCGAAACAGGGUUUAAUUUAUCCAAAACUGAAUGUUUUUGUUCGUUUAUUUUUUUUUAGUUUUUUUUUUCUCAGGAGAAAUGUUUUGGGCGAAACAGGUUAUGGACAUGUAUUUAAAUGUUAUAUUUGUGGGCCUUUCUUUGCCCAUCUGCCAAGGUGAAGUGCACAACUUAUCUAUUUAUUUCUCACUCGAAAGAGGUGGAACGUUUUUUUGUACUGUAAAUUUAAAAAACUAUCGUGGGUAUCGAUAGAUCCUAAACGUCUUUGUUUCAUUUAAAAGUAAAACAUGCUGUUGGUUAUCUGUCGAAAGAUAAAGAGUUUAAAUUAUCAUUUAGUUUUGUUGUGAUGGCGUUGUGUUUAGGCUAUUAACAGCAGAUUGUUGUAAAUGCAAUAAAACCAGUUUAGUGUAUUUGUGCUAAUUAUAUUGGUCAAUAAAACGUAAGUGUCUAUUAGUUUUA